CAUCAUGCUGGUAACAGGGUCGUGUUUGUUGGUAUAAACCGCUGUGUUUCAUUAGCAGGUCCUUUCUAACACUCACCCCCCAUAUCUCUCUCUCUCUCUCUCCCUCCCUUUCCUUUUCCCUCCAGGGACGAGUUCUCACACCGAGUGCGGAGCAGCGAGCAAUGAGGAAGAAAGAAAAGAGGUGCUUCUCCAAUCAGAGAUGCAGAUGGCCACAGAAGACAUGAGCACCAGCCAAUCUGGACGACUUCCUCUUGCCAAUUUGUCCACAACAAAUCAAAUGCGACCCCGUAAUUGAACAGCUGAUACAGUUUACCUCCACACGCAUACGGCCAAUGAAGAGAUACGUCCAAUUCCAGCAUCUAUCAUCUCCACUUUGAUAAAUCGCGGAUUCCUGACACAAGUUGUAUCCAACUUAAUGUCCGAUUACACGUCAAGCGAAGGAGAAACGGGGACAUUUCCCCACGCUGGGACUUUUAUAGCAGUAGAGACACAAAUCUGACCCGAGAAAAAAGAGAUAUUACUGUACAAAACAAGCCCUCGCUCCCUUUCAAAUGGCGCUCGCCUGCAUGGAUGAAUGUUAGAUGGCACGCAUCCCCGCUCGGCUUUCUCCAAUGGAUAUUGCGACGACGCCCCAAAUGGCCCAGAGGACAAGGCGGGGACGGCAGAGGCACAACGGGACCGGGGGUUCGUCGGCGGUCCUGUCCACGGCCAGCUCCUUCCUCUGUUGGCUGGCCCUGCUGUCAAUCACGCGGUUGCCGACGGUAACGGCCGACUGCUGGCUCAUCGAAGGCGAGAAAGGCUUCGUGUGGCUGGCUAUCUGCAGCAUGAACCAGCCGCCGUACGAGGCCAUCCCCUCCCACAUUAACAGCACCAUCGUGGAUCUGAGGCUGAAUGAGAACAAGAUACGAUCGGUCCAUUAUUCUUCGCUGAGUCGCUUUGGAAACCUCACCUACCUGAACCUCACCAAGAACGACAUCAGCUACGUGGAGGACGGAGCUUUCUCGGCACAAUUCAACCUGCAGGUUCUCCAGAUGGGUUUUAACAAGUUGAGGAACCUGACGGAGGGAAUGCUGCGUGGUCUGGGCAAGCUGCAGUACCUCUACCUGCAAGCCAACCUCAUCGAGAGCGUCUCGCUCAACACCUUCUGGGAGUGCCCCAACAUCGAGAAUAUAGACCUCUCCAUGAACAGGAUCCAGGUGCUGGACGGCAGUUUGUUCUCCGGCCUCUCGAAGCUGACCACUUGUGAACUCUACACCAACCCCUUCAACUGCUCCUGCGAGCUGCUCGGGUUCCUGCGCUGGCUCUCGGCCUUCCCCAACCGGACCAGCGAGAGGAUGGUGUGCGACUCCCCUCAAGGAUUCUUCGGCUACAACCUCCUGAGCCAGAACCCCCGCGUGCCUUCCCAACGCAACGCUCUGCACGUGCUCAGUCUGGUCUGCACGGACGACGGCGGCAUCGGGACCACCUUCUACACCAACGGGAUGUCGGAUUCCACCACCCUGCCCCCGGAUUUCGCCUCACCCUGCGGAUUGGACGAUUGUGCUUCCGGGACUCCCCCCGAUGAGGUCAUCAACCUCAGCCCCAUUUUCUCCGACACCAAGCCGAUCAUUAUUCUGAAGCAGGUGCUUCAUUCCAGCGCCGUGGUCACGGUUCAGAUUCCUCACCCGUACAGGAAGAUGUACAUCCUGGUGCUUUACAACAACAGCUUCUUCACAGAUAUCCAGAAUCUGAAAAACAUAAGGGAAGAUAUCGAGCUCAAGAACCUCAAACCCAACACCGACUACACAUACUGUGUGGCUUCGAUAAGGAACUCCUUGCGCUUCAACCACACCUGUCUGACCAUCUCCACUGGCCGCCGGGCGGGAGAAGAGAGAGUAGACAACCAGUCGUCAGCCACCCACUACAUUAUGACUAUUCUGGGCUGUUUGUUCGGCAUGCUGCUCUUUCUUGGCCUCGUCGUCCACUGCAUGAGGAAGAAAAGGAUCAUGCAGGAGAAGGAGCGGAAGAUGAACAGGAUCCAACGGACUCUGAUCGAGCUCAAGUAUGGCGGAGAAGGGGAUAUCGAAGGCGGGAGCGGAGUAUCCGUUUCCCAGAAGCUCGGCGCCGGGGAGAGUCUGUCCCGAAUGCCCUACCUUCCUCAGGGGGGUGAGAUCGACCCGUACAAGCUGCAGGAGGUGAUCGAGACGCCGGUGCACAAGCCCGCCAAACUGAACUACAUGGAGGUGAGAGGCUCCGGCAUCGAAAGGGAGAGAGACCGAGAGAGGGAGCGAGAACGAGAGAUGUCGCCGCAGGCCGAUCCCCAGGGCUCGGUGGCCGAGAUCUCGACCAUCGCCAAAGAAGUCGACAAAGUGAACCAGAUCAUCAACAACUGCAUCGACGCUCUCAAAUCAGAGUCCACCUCCUUCCAGCAGGGGAUGAAAUCCCCCUCCAAUGCGGGCAAAGGGGCGGUUUCUACCGCAGAGCCACAGCUGGUGCUUCUCUCUGAGCAAGGAGAGAGGGAACGAGGGGGCGAGUUCCUCUCCCCGGUGUACAAGGGAGGAGGAAGAGGAGGCAGGGACGAGAGGGGCCGGAGCUAUCACCACUCUCUGCAGCGACACCACAGCAUGGAGGCUCCUCCCACCUCCAAGAGGCCCAGCACCUCCUCCUCUCCGGGUUCGGCCCGGAGCCCUCGCUCGUUCCGCUCGGAGGGAGGCUACCACUCGUCAGAGACCCGCUACAUCGAGAGGGCGGGAGGCGGAGGAGGAGAGGCCAUUCGUUCGGUCCCCCCCGCGGCGGCCAUCCUGCGAGCUGAAGCGCAGAGGAUCCGCCAGCACAACGAACACCGUCACUCGUACCCCGGCUCCCAGCAGCACCACCCCCAGACCCUGCAGGAGCCCCACCACCACCCGGGCGGCCGCAGGCCCUCCACGUUGGACCCCAUCAACAUCAGCAGGCAGGCCAAGCAGCGGGAGCUGGCCUACUCCCAGCCGUCGCCGCACUACCCGCUGUCGCCCCAGUACCACAACCUCAGCUACUGCUCCAGCCCGGAUGAAGACGAGGAGGACGAAGGGCUCCUGUGCACGCCGACCCUGGGGCUGUGGGAGCGGUUCAAGCAGCACCGCAAGAGGCACCGGCAGGCGUCCACGGAGGACGAGGGCUACAUGGCGGCCGGACACGCCCUGAGGCGGAAGGUUCAGUUCGCCAAGGACGAGGAUCUUCACGACAUCCUGGACUACUGGAAGGGCGUGUCCGCCCAGCAGAAGAGCUGAAAGCCAGAACUGAGAAGAUGGAAAAUAAGGACACACACAGAAACGACGUGUAAAUACACACAAACACCACACGACUUACGGGAUCUACGGAAUCAAACUGCACACACACACAUAUACACGCACACACACACUUUACACAAACCAAGCCUUUGCUUCUGAGAACAUGAAGAAGGACCAAACAAAUAUAUUAUAUUGAACAAAAAACAUAGCUUAUAGAGAGACUGAGUUACUUUUUGUAAUGUAAUAAACAUUAUAGCUCAGACUUAUGUAGCUAUUUUUGAAUGAAGAGGGAAAAAAAUGGAAACCUUAUA